ACAGGAUUGGCGUUCGAUUGCAAUGCUUGACAUUAAAUUGGAGGUUUGUAUUGGAUUCAAGUUGUAUUUUAUUAUCAAGACCGCAACGACCAUGACCAUCGUGACGGGCCAUUUUGGAAUUCGAUCAUUUUGGACAACAUGAGCUCGACAUGCGAAGCAAUUCCGACUACCUUGAAAUUCCCCGAUGGCUUCAUGUGGGGCACGGCCACUGCCGCCUACCAGAUUGAAGGCGGGUGGAACGAAGGCGGUCGCGGCAUGAGCAUCUGGGACGCAUUCAGCAAGACCCCUGGCAAGGUAGUCAACGGCGACACGGGCGACAAGGCUGUGGACCACUUCCACUUGUUCAAGCACGACGUUCAGUUGAUGGCGAACAUGGGCCUCAAGCACUAUCGCUUCUCCAUCUCGUGGCCUCGCAUCUUGCCAACGGGGUUUGCCGAUCACGUGAACGAAGAUGGAAUUGCAUUUUACAACGCGCUGAUUGACGAGCUACUUGCGCAUGACAUUGAACCCAUCGUAACGUUGUAUCACUGGGACUUGCCGCUGGCGCUGCAGACCGAGUACGACGGAUGGCUGGGCGGAAAGAUCGUGGUCGAUGCGUUUGCCACGUACGCGAGACUGUGUUUUGCCAGAUUCGGCGAUCGCGUGAAGAGCUGGUUGACGCUCAAUGAGCCAUGGUGUUCGGCGCUGUUGGGCCAUGGCACGGGUGAAAUGGCGCCGGGGCGGAAGCACAAGUGCAAAACGGAGACGUAUCUGGCAGCGCACAACUUGCUGCUAGCUCAUGCACACGCGGUACAAGUGUACCGCACUGCGUUUCAAUCGUCUCAGGGUGGCGUCAUCGGGAUCACGCUCAACUGCGACUUCCGCGAGCCCAAGCCGUCGUCGGACCCUGCGAAGUUCAAGCAGAACCAAGAAGCAGCUGAACGGGCCCUUCUCGUCGAACUGGGCUGGUUUGCCGAUCCAGUGUACUUCGGCGAUUAUCCAGAUGUGAUGAAGAAGCAAUUGGGAACACGUCUGCCUCGGUUCACCGCCGACGAGUCCAAGUUACUUCGAGGUAGCAGUGACUUUUUCGGGCUCAACCAUUACGGCACGGGGUAUGCCGCGCCGUCGAAAGCGUUUCGAAACAAGAUCGUGCCGGGGUUGGAUGGCGUUAUUUGGGAGGACUCUGGCGUCGACGUGACUUCGAACGACAAGUGGCUCAAGACGGACAUGGGUUGGAAUGCUGUCCCAUGGGGCUUCCGAAAGCUCUUGGUAGCGUCUCGACUUCGGGAUCGGUUGUCUUAAUUGGGACCUGGUAGAUGUGGAUUCAAGCGCGGUACGCACCCAAGGGAGGCAUUGUUGUGACGGAAAACGGGUGCGCCGUCGCGGACGUGGACCGCCAUGCUGCUGAACACGACACGUUCCGCGUCAAGUUUUACGAAGCGUACAUUGCCGAGAUGCACAAGGCCAUCACGGAGCACGGCGUCGACGUGCGCGGGUACUUUGCAUGGUCGUUUGUGGACAACUACGAGUGGGCGUUUGGGUACGCCAAGCGGUUUGGACUGCACUGGGUCGACUACACGACGAUGGAGCGCGUGCCGAAGGCGUCGGCCAAGUGGUUUGCGCAAGUGAUCAAGCACAACAGAGUCGACAUCACGGAGGAGAAUCCGAUUGCGGUCGCCGCGUUCGAAGUUGCCAUGUCGUCGCAGCUUUGCGAGACGUCGUGAAGGGUGGAGAGCGACCGUAGCUCGAGUUAACUUUAGUUGAUAAAUGUAACGCGGUUGGGAUGAAAAUAGAUUGCGAA